UGCGUUGUGAGGGUCAUGAUCGGAAAAAAUCGCAUUGCUUUGACCAGUUUGGUGGGUUUACUGCUCGCCGCCUUGGGUCUAAUAUCUGUACUGAAUUUCGAACGUAUACAGCGACGCACCUUAGAGUGGUUUAUGGUGCUCAAGCCGAACUCGAUGCUGACCAACCUGUGGCAGUCGCCCAGCUUAGGCAUGACUGCAAAUGUCUUCAUCUUUAACUGGACGAACUCGGAGGAGUUCAACAAUCCAAAUGUGAAGCCGCGCUUCGAGGAGCUGGGGCCGUAUGUCUUUACGGAGAGACAAGAGAAACGUAAUGUGGUCUGGCACCCGGAGAACUCCACAGUAUCCUACAUGCGCCGCAGCCACUUCUACUUUGACAAGGAGGCCAGUGCCCGAAAUCUCACGGACUCCAUCGUGGCCCCAAACACGCUGAGCGUGGGUCUAGUCAACAAGAUGCAGAAGUGGAAUCCGAUGUUACGCACUCUGAUGUUAAUGGCCAUCAAUAUGAAUGGCAAUGAGCCGACCUUCAUUAGGCCAGCCGACGACUGGCUCUUUAGUGGCUUCGAUACGCCGCUGAUAAAGAUUAGCAAAAUGGUGCCCACUCGCAUGGUGCCGGAGCUACACUUCCCCUACGAGCGCAUUGGCUAUGGCUAUCCGCGCAAUGACAGUGAACAGAUCUACGGGCAUCACAAUGUCUACACUGGCCAGCAGGACUUCAGUAAACUGGGCCAAAUAGCCCGCUGGCGCUACGAUAAUGUGACAGCUGGUCAGCCCAACUGCAAGUUGAGCGGCAGCACGGGUGAGUUCCAUCCAAUUCCGCUGCUCGAGGGCAAGCCGAUCUCAUACUUCUUGCCCGACAUUUGCCGCGAGCUGAUAUUGGACUAUGCGGGCAAGACGCUCUUCGAGGGCAUCGCGGCGCACGUUUACAAGGGCACUCCUAGAAAUAUGGCAAAUGGCACUGAUAAUCCUGAGCACAGCUGCUACUGCACGGGUAGCUGCAAGGAGGUGCGCUCUGGUGUCCUGAAUUUGUCUGCCUGCUGGUACGAUGUGCCUGUGUUUGCAUCCUCUCCACAUUUCUAUAAUGCCGAUCCCUACUACGUUGAUGCAGUGGAGGGCAUGAAACCCGACAAGGAGCGCCAUGAGAUGACUGUCAUACUAGAGCCCACCACUGGCAUGCUGUUAGACAUCAAAGCGCGUCUCAUGAUCAGUCUGCUGGUGGAACCUCGUCCAGAGUCCAUCUUCCGGAAGUCACGUCGCACUUUCUUUCCACUCGUUUGGGUUGACUACAGAGUACGCAUCACGCCCGAUCUGCUAUUCUACCUAAAGCUCCUACCGAUCUCUGUGCUGAUGGGUAAGAUCUGUAGCUGCAUUGCUGUAGGAUUGGGCCUCGUCCUGCUACUCUGGUAUCCGCGCCAGAUCUUUUUGCAUAAGCACUUUAUGCGUAAGAUCGAUAUAACUAACCUGGAAAACCGAAUGCAGGCCGCAGCGACUGUAGAGAUUAAAGCCCAAGGAGUCGAGGAUUCCCCUCUACUCGUGGGACUACAGUUUGUGCCAUCGUCUGGAGAUGCAGUAAACAUAGCAAAACCGCAUAACAUGUCAACAGGUUGCGGAAGUGACGUGCAUAUCAGCUCAAGGAUUCCUGUGCAAGCAGCGUCAACGACUUCGGCGGCGACAAUUCAGAAGCGUUUAGCUUCAGUGCAGCGCAGUAAGAGCAAGAGAACAGGCGUAAAGAAAGCAACGAGAGUUGCCUGCAUAACAGCAAAAACAAGAGAAGCCUUUUGCACAGGCAAGGCCAAAGACGUUGGCAGUAAUCGUCAUCGAAAAUCGCAAAAGCAACAACAACAGCAGAAGCCAGAGAUGACGUCACGUGCACGCCACUGUGCCUGGCGGCUAAGCAUCGUCAUUUUGGGCGCUUUCUGUAUAGCUGCUGGCGUUUAUCUUCUGCGCAACUGGAUUGACAUAUUUACGCGCAUGCGCGGCAAGGAAAUGGCACUCAGUCCCACAUCGCCAGCGUUCGAGGGCUGGAAAGUGUCGCCUUUGCCGCUUAACUUUGAUGUUUAUUUAUUCAAUUGGACCAAUCCAGAGGAUUUUCACGAGGGCUCGGCGAAGAAACCGCAUUUUGAGCAACUCGGGCCCUAUCGCUUUCGGGAGCAACCCGAUAAGGUGGACAUCGAAUGGCACAAUCAAAACGCUUCAAUUUCAUUUCGCAAAAAAGCCUACUUCUAUUUCGAUGCUGCUGGCAGCAAUGGGACGCUGCAGGAUAUCGUUACCUCGGUGAACACAGUGGCUCACGCGGCUGCCACACAAUUUCACCAGUUGAACACUUUCUUUCAAUUUGUGGCGUCUACCACACUGAGCUCCACGCAGGAGGUGAGUGACACGCGAACUGCUGAGGAGUGGUUGUUCAAGGGCUAUGUACACUCCUUGGUGACUCUGGGCAAAAUGAUAAGCCCGGAAAAUGUGCCCUUCGAUCGUGUUGGCUAUCAGUAUGGGCGGAAUGGCACUACCAGCUUUGAUGGCGACAUCAACAUGUUCACUGGCUCUGAUGACAUUAGUAAAAUGGGUCAAAUUCAUACCUGGAACAAUUUGACGCACACGGGCGCCUAUAAUGGAACUUGUGGCAACGUUAUGGGUUCAAUGGGUGAAUUCUUUCCUCCCAAUUUGAACACCAAUGACACCGUCUACCUCUACAUGCCCAAAAUGUGCCGAGCCGUGCCGCUGGACUACACGGAAACAGUAAGCAUACACGGAAUCACAGCAUACAAAUUCAGUGGCACUCGGCACGCUGUGGACAAUGGCACAAUGUAUCCGGACACCCGUUGCUUGUGUGUGGAUGACAAAUGCUAUCCAGCUGGUGUCAUUAAUACUAAGCAUUGUAGUUUCAACACUUCCAUAUUCAUGUCAUAUCCGCACUUUUAUCUGGCCGAUCCCAGCUAUCUGGAAGCUGUGGACGGGCUGCAGCCGGAGAAGGAGAAGCAUGAAUUUUUCAUGGCUUUGGAGCCAAACGCUGGCGUGCCCAUGGAUGUCGGUGGUGGGUUCCAGGCAAAUUAUUUAAUGGAGCCGGUACCGGGCGUUGCAAUAUAUGCGCGUGUUCCACGCGUUAUGCUGCCACUUAUGUGGGCUGAAGAACGAGUCCGUGUCAGCGAGGAAAUUGCCAGCAACAUUGGCAUAGUUCCACUCAUUGUUGUACUGGGCCAGGUAUUUACGGGCAUCCUCCUAGCCGGCGGCCUCAUUUGCACCUGUUGGUAUCCGACGCGCAAAUUGACGAGCCUCUGUCAUAGCGACGAUCCCAAAGCCAAGGCGUCAGUACUUCGUCCGCUUACCACAUUUGGCGCUGGCGUCAGUGCGACUGGAGCAACGAUAAAUGUACAGCAGUUAUUCCGUCAGAAUGCCAGCCAUAACGACCGUGUGGGCGUACGUCUGUUAGAUUACAGACGGAGCUCUGGGAUAGAAGAUGGCGAUGAUGGGAGCAGCCACGGCAAUACGUCUAGAGAUCGCCUAAUACAGAGCAGUUCAACAGAUGUGAUAAUUAGUUAACCUAAUACAUAAUUUGUAGCACCCUGCAUUUUCUAUCGAUGUUAUAUAUUUCUACCUAUAUGUUGCCUUAGGGGAGCCAAAGACAUGCACCGCGCCACGUCUCGCCAUUAAGACUCAACGGACCUUAGUUAACGGCUGUUAGUCCUUAGUCGAGUUGCUUAAUUCAUAACAUUAAAUAGAUUAAGGACCCCACGUUCCACAUACACACACAUACAGCAAUACACUCGCGCGUGUACAUAGAAAUAGAAGCCCACAUCAUGCUCACAUGCCUUCCUCAUUCAAUAGCACCUCAAGCAGUAGGAGUAUCGAGAGAGAUUGAUAAGAUUAUUUAUUAAUUA